AUGACAGCGACGCAGAAGCCGAGUGGGAAGAGUACAUUCGACGUCAACGCAGCAUCGAGAGCAACCAGUUCGACAACGAGAGCGUUGCCAGCUUAA